AUGCUCUCCAUCCUCGCCCUCUCAGCCCUCGCGGCCACCGCGCUCGCCGGCUCCUCGGCCACCCUCGGCGACGGAUACUGCGACGCCAACGCGUGCAUCACUGCCGUGCGUUCAGGCGGCACCGACACUUGGUCCAUCGCGCCCGUCACCCCCAUCCCGCACGACAACUUUGGCUGGAUCGCCAUCGGCUUUGGCAAGAACAUGCCCAACUCGCCCAUGGUCAUUAUGUGGCCCAACGCCGACGACACGUUCACGCUCUCGCAGCGCGAGGCGAACGCGCACGCGCCGCCCAACGUGACUGACGCGCCGCCCCGCCACGCCACGCUCGACAGCACCCACUCGUUCUCCAACGCCUCGGCGACGGGCUUCACGUUCACGCUGCCGUCGAGCGAGGAGACGGCCUUCCCCAUCAUCUUUGCCUACUCGGGCAUCAACCCCAACAGCACGAGCAGCACCGCGCCCAUCCGCAAGCACACGUGGACCGGCCACGCCAACAUCACCCUCACUGCGCUCGACGAGGAGACGGGCGGCGAGAAGCCCAAGCCCAGCUGCAAGCCCAAGAAGAAGCGCCGCAGCAUGGCCUCGCUCUAA